AACAUAUACGGGCUUGUGCUGGUUUUUGUGUUGUUAUUUUUAUAUUUUCGGUAGUUCACACUUCAAAUGCGGAUUUGGAAGAACUUUCACCAGAUAUUGCUACAAUACAAGAAAACAUAUCAGGCGUAAAAAAUUUGAUAAAAAAAGUGAUGGAAAACUAUAAAGAAUUGGAGAAAAUGGCUUCAUCAGAAACUGAAGAAUCUGAUGAUGACACGGCUUCUGAGGCUAAAUCAAGCGAAGAUACAAACAAGGACAAUAAAGAUAGAAAAGUUACGUCCGAUUAUAUCGUAAUAAAUGGAAAACCUCCUUCAUUUCCCAGUGAAAAUGAAAGAGAACGUGCUAGUGAAAUUGGAAAACCAAAAAAACUCAUAAACAACAUCCGUCCAAAGAAAAUUUUUAUUCCUCUCCGAACAAAAAAACCUGUUAUAAAAAAAGAUACUCAAAUAAAAUUAAGAAAUGAAAAAGAUGAGAAAGAAUCUCAUUCAGAUGAAAGUACAUCAGAUAAAUCCAAUGAUUCUGAAAGCGAAGAGAUUUCUACUGAAAAGCCAAAAAUUAAGAAAAAAGUUAUACUUGUACAAGUGGCAAAAGGAAAAAGAAAUCAACAUAAAGAUACUUCAACUACAAAGCCAAAGGAUAUUGCUUCCAAUGAACCUAAGAUAACAAAAUCGAAAGAAGCGAAUCACGAGUCUCCUUCAGAAGAAGACAAAGCGAUAGAUAAUGAAGUUAAGAAAGCUACAUAUUUACGACAAGCAUAUGAAGAUGCUUGCCAACAAGUUGUACUUCGGAAGUGUUUAAGGACAUUAAGGGCUGUAUUAAACGACGUAUGUUCAAAAAGUAGAAAAUGUAGUUCCAAAUAUAAAGACGAUUUCAGAAAUUAUGGUCACGAGGGUUGUAACGAACAGUUUGGUAAUCAGAAAUCUAGUUGCAGAAUGGGACUGGAACUUGAUGAUAACACAGACUCCAUUCCAAACGAGAUUUAG